AUGAAUCACGAUAGUUUCUCCUCCUUUAAAUUUCGACGGAUGUCAAGCAAGCUUCACAAAGACCCCCCUAGCUUUAGUUCUCGAACCCUCAAAAGUCAGCAAAGUAACACCUCUCUCAAACGACAUCCUUCAGCCCCCGUGUAUCCUCGUUCCUCUGCCGCUGGAAGUCGAGAGCAUUCCCGAACGAGAUCAAACGCCUACGGCUCCUCAUCGUCGUCUCUCGAGCAACAUAGCGGGGGUCCAUCUCCGGGGCAAGACUCGGGCUACUCCCAGGGCAACUAUUAUUCCGCCAAACCCCGUCCACCCAACGCUGGACGAUUCUCCCUCAACGAACAAAGCUCAGAUGAAUUGAUCGGCGCCCCGUUUGAUACUCGUGGUAUGCUCAGCGCCCUGGACGAGAACAGCGCCGAACCUACCGGAAAGAUUCCCGAGAAACCUCCCGUUCUACGAUCUCAGACAGCUCCAGAUUCACGAGGACUCAGACAGUCGGCUAGUUUUACCACACUACAAAACCGUAUGGACAAUCCUUUGAAUAAGACGGAAAAUGAGCGACCCGCGAAUACCAAACGGUAUUCCGACGAGGCGAAUGGCCACAAAUCAUUUGGGACUGGAAGAAGCAAGAAAAGUAGCUUUUCUAGCUUCGUUAAUAGCAUGCUAGGCUCCCCUCGCGGUAUCAAGAUCUCCGCCCCCGAAAACCCCGUCCACGUUACUCAUGUCGGCUAUGACAACCAGACUGGCCAGUUCACAGGCCUACCCAAGGAAUGGCAGCGACUGCUGCAAGAAAGCGGUAUAUCAAAGAAGGAACAGGAAGAACACCCACAAACCAUGGUUGAUAUUAUGCGAUUUUACGAGAAGAAUGCUCGUGGGGAUGACGAAGUAUGGCACAAAUUUGACCAUGCGUAUCCGCAGCCCCAGUCUGUUACAAGUCCAGCAUCUCAACCUAGCUUAGUUGGCUCGACACCUCAAGGUUCUUCUGCGCAGCGAACAUCUUCGCCUACUAGUCCUCGAUUCCCGCAAAACCAUGAAGGAAGCUUCGAAAAUCCUCGAGCACCACCACCCAUUCCUCGUGCUGCCCCAGCAGCUGUCCAGGCUGUAUCCCCAUCAAUGGGUACUAUUAUACCUAAUAGGGCACCGCCAAAGCCUCCCACGCCCGCCAAUAUGACACCUGCCCGGCCGGCACCUCAGCCACCCAGCUCGAGCCCAUACGGCAGUGUGCCAACGCGACCGGCUCAGGAUACCUUUACAAAUCAGUUCGGAACACCCCCCAUCCCGGAAACCAAACCAUUACCAUCCGAGUCUCAACGGAGUCGAUCAAACUCCAAGACCAACGGUACACAACCUGCAUGGGUACCCCCCGCUGUUGUAUCUACGCCGGCGCAGUACCAACAGCAGCAGGAGCAUGCAAUGGCUGCAGCUCAACAAGCAAUUGCAAGCAAGCAGCUCGACCGCAGUCGCAGCCUGCGCCAGCAACAAAGCCCCCGACCGGAACAGAAGCAGCAGACACAACCGGCGCCUCCGCAACAUGCCUCACCUGUGGAAGAUCCUGCAUCACAGGGCGCGCGCGCCCCUCCUGCGGCUCGCCCACGGCAACGGCCUCGUCAGAGCAAUGCAAUUGACAUCAGGGCACGCUUGGUCGCGAUCUGUACCCCCGGAGACCCAAGUAAGAUGUACCAUACCCUGACCAAGAUUGGUCAGGGUGCAUCCGGUGGUGUUUUUACCGCCUAUGAGAAUGGUACAAACAGCUGCGUUGCUAUAAAGCAAAUGAAUCUGGACUUGCAGCCGAAGAAGGAUCUUAUAAUUAACGAGAUCCUUGUGAUGAAAGAUAGCAAGCAUAAAAACAUAGUCAACUUCCUGGACAGCUAUCUCCUUGGCCUGGACCUAUGGGUGGUGAUGGAAUACAUGGAAGGUGGCAGUCUGACCGAUGUUGUCACUUUUAACAUUAUGAGUGAAGCGCAGAUUGCUUCUGUCUGCAGAGAAACCCUAAAUGGCUUGCAACACCUCCAUUCGAAAGGUGUGAUCCACCGUGACAUCAAGUCGGACAACAUUCUUCUCUCCAUGGAGGGAAAUAUUAAAUUAACCGACUUUGGCUUCUGCGCUCAAAUCAAUGAUUCACAUACUAAGCGGAACACCAUGGUUGGUACGCCAUAUUGGAUGGCUCCAGAAGUCGUUACGAGGAAAGAAUAUGGACGGAAAGUCGAUAUUUGGAGCUUGGGUAUCAUGGCUAUCGAGAUGAUCGAGGGCGAGCCUCCUUACCUCACCGAGUCACCCUUGCGGGCGCUCUACUUGAUUGCCACAAAUGGUACUCCCAAAAUCAAAGACGAACAUACUCUGUCGCCUAUUUUCCGCGAUUUCCUGGCUCUUUCGCUGAAAGUCGACCCUGAAAAGAGAGCAUCUGCGCAUGAUUUGCUGAAGCACCCAUUCAUGUCCUUCUGCGCGCCACUCAAUCAUUUGUCACCCCUUGUAAAAGCCGCGCGCACUAGCAGGGCGCAAGAAAAAGCUCAAAAGGGAGGGCCGUAG